AUGGAUGUCGACCUAGAGAAUGGCAGGCAGCCUAGAUCACGGCAGAGGGACACGUCAAUCACAGAAACAUCAUCGGGCGAUUAUGAGGAAGAAGAAGACAAGGAAACCGACCACGAUGGCCACCGCCCAUCAAGAAAGGAAUUACACGACAGCAUCUCGCGAUCACGGAGUAGACGCAGUCAUACCCAAAACCGAGUAGCAACAGGCACGGCAAGCGGUCCGAAUCAACCAUUGAGUCGAGCAAUAUCCAGGCGUGACACUGUACUUUCUCGUAUACGCACACGACCAAAUGUUGCCCCUUUCUCACACCCUCUAGCACAUCAGCCAACAACACACGAUGUGCUUGUCGACUUUGAUGGUGACGAUGAUCCAUACAGACCCGUGAACUGGCCCACAAAGAAGAAGAUCAACACCACGCUUAUGUACGGCUUGACCACGAUGAGCGCUACCUGGGCCUCCUCUUCCUACUCUGCCGGUACACGCCAAAUAGCUGCGGAGUUCAACGUAGGUAAUCAAGUCGCCGUCUUGGGAACAACACUCUUCCUCUUCGGCUUUGGUCUCGGACCUCUACUCUGGGCACCGUUAUCUGAGGUCUACGGGCGACGCAUCGCUGUCCUGACGCCCAUGUUCGUUGCCAUCUGCUUCAGCUUUGGAAGCGCAGUGGCGAAGGACUUCCAAACGCUUAUGAUCACGCGAUUCUUUGGAGCCUUCUUCGCCAGCGCACCGGUGACGAAUACUGGAGGUGUAUUGGGCGACCUGUACAGUCCCGCAUGGCGUGCUAUGGCUAUGGCCGGUUACGCUAUGGCGGUUGUCGGGGGACCAUGUCUCGGGCCUAUCGUUUCUGCUGCAUUCGUCGCAACCCCAUCUCUAGGCUGGCGCUGGACGGAAUAUUUCACCGGAAUCCUUCAAGCGUGCAUACUCUUUGUCGACCUCAUCUUCAUCGACGAAUCUUAUCCCCCAAAGCUACUCAUCUACAAAGCACGCCGCCUGCGUCACGAGACUGGUAACUGGGCGCUUCAUACAAAGUUCGAAGAGUGGGACGUGAGCAUCAAGGAACUGUCUAAGAAGUUCUUGAUUCGACCAAUCCAGCUCCUCAUGACCCCCAUCUGCUUUCUGGUGGCUUUGUAUGCUAGCUUCUGCUAUGGAAUCUUAUACAUGCAACUGGGAGGUAUACCAAUCAUCUUCCGGGAACUGAGAGGCUGGCCUGCGGUGAGUGCUACACUGCCUUUCUUGGGCAUUUUGGUCGGGGCAAUGAUCGGCUGCAGCAUCAACGCAUAUAAUCAAAUCUUAUACAACAAAGUAUACCAUGCAGCCGGCGACCGUGCCGUGCCCGAGGCACGUCUACCUCCUAUGAUGCUCGGUUCAGCACUCUUCUCCGUUGGCCAGUUCAUCAUGGGCUGGACUGCUGGCCCAGAGUACCCUUGGAUUGCCCCAGUAAUUGGAUUGGUAUUGAUGGGCACGGGCUUCUUCACAAUUUUCCAGGCCGCGCUGAACUACCUUGUCGACACGUUCACGUUGUACGCUGCGAGCGCAGUGGCGGCCAAUACUUUUCUAAGAAGCGUUUUUGCUGGCGCCUUCCCGCUGGUGGUCACACCGCUGUAUCAUAACAUUGGCGUUGGGCCUGCAAGUAGUAUUACGGGUGGUUUUGCGGCAUUGCUGAUUCCUGUGCCAUUUGUCUUCUACAUUUUUGGUAAGAGAAUUAGGGGAGCGAGUAAGUGGAGUCGUAAGAGUGUGUUUGACUAG